GAAGAUAAAAUUUCUCUUUUUUAAUGAAAAGUCGAAAGUCGCUUAUUUUUUUUUGAUGCUAUUGCAUUCAGAAUGAAGCGUAUUUGGGUGAGAUUAUCUAAAUUGCACUACUUCACAAAGAGAAAUUCCAGGAGAUUAAACACUUGACAACUUGCUGUCCGGACAUGCUCCUUGAGUAUAGUUGAAGAGUCGGGGUAUCAUUUGUAUGACAUGCAAAUGGCAAAAUUAUCAUUAGUAUCGCGUGCGCUUGACUAGUUUAUUCUACAAGUACAAUUGAAGUCAGAUAGCUCCGAAGUUCAACAUUAAUUUCAUUCACCAAAAAGCUUUUUCUUUGCCAAGAUUUCUGUGGUUUGUGGAUUUGGACUUAAGUAUUUAGUUUUUGAUAUACCAAAAACUAAGUUGUAGAGAUAUAACUCCAAGCAAGUGGAUUAUCCACAUUCAGAACAUGAAUGAUCGAGUUGUGGUUGCUUGUUUGUGUGCUAGGAUUAGUGUUUCGAUGCGUUUGCUUUUUUUCCCUCCAACAUGAAAACUAUCACCAAAAUGAUACCCUUUGCGCUGAAUAUGAGAUAUGUUACAUUGCUAGUAUUUCGAAGCAUCAUCAUGAUAUAAGACAAUAUAAAGUUGUCAUUUUUUUUUCUUAAUAUCUUUGGGCAAUACUUUCAUAUUAAUGAGAUCAUAGAGUGAUAUUAUGGUCAUUUUUCUUUUUGGUUAAAUUAGAUCUGAUUAGUGUGAGGCGUAUGAAAA